UCUUUGCCCCGCCCCCUCUCUGUCAGUAUAAUGUAGCAGCUGAUAAAAGCAGUGACAGCGCUGAUUUCACACCAGACAGUGACAGUAGCUCAGGAACACACACUCAGGACACAACACAAGUGGAACAAUAACCAGCUCAUUGGAAGAGGAUAUAGGAGACUAUUCUGCCCAUGGCAGAGAUCUAUAACAGAGGGAGGCUACACCACUUCAUCGACGGCUAUGACGUGCGGAGCAGCAACUGGAUGCGCUACGUCAACCCGGCGCGCUCGCUGUCCGAACAGAACCUGGUGGCGUGUCAGAAUGGACGCGACGUCUACUUCUACACCAUCCGGCCUGUGGAGGCCAAUCAGGAGCUGCUGGUGUGGUACAGCCAAGAGUUCGCCCAGAGACUGUGCAGCCAACCGGGAGACGAGCUCAAACAAAAACACAUAUGCGGAGAUGUCAGAGAAUCUGAGUUCACCAAACAACACCGACCUCAGCCGACCUGGCUCCUGGAAAAGAAGGACGAUAUGAAGGACGAGAGAGAAGAUGAAGGAGAGGAGAGAAUCGACGUAGAGGUGCUGGAGAGAGACACUCCACCCGAUACGCCAGACAACCAAAUCAUGGACUUCAGCCAGAAGAUGGAGAAGGAGGAGGUGACCCAGGACCACCGGGGAGCCACACCCUCUCCUCAACCCGACCAGAGAGAGCCCAAUCUGGCAUCUCACGUCUACGGUUUCCCUGAGCACCACCCUACUGCCCCUUCCACGCACCGUGACCUCCCCCUCCACGGGCUCUACAGCCACAGAGAGGGCCUAGUGUCCUCCUACCCCCUCUACUACCCCUCCAGACCCCUUCAAUCCACCCAUCAGCUUCUCCCCACAUACAGCAGGCCCCACUACCCCCACCUCCUCCCCCAGUACUCCCCACCAUUCCCUGGGAUGCUCCCCUCCAGAGGCCCCCUGCAGCACAGUAGCUACCUGGGUAGCAAUGGACUUCCAUACCCCUCCAUGACCUACCAGCCUGGUCUGCUCCCAGUGCCUCUGCCCUACCCCGGAGCUACUCAGGGAGAGCUGAAGGAGAGUACCCCAAAUAUGUCACCUCCUCAUGGAGCCCCAGCCACCCCAGAGCUCUCCCCCCUGCCCAAGCAAGAGCACCAGACACCCCUGCCGUCACCCUCUGGCUGUGAGGAGGCCAUGAACCUCAGCCUGGCCAUGCCAAAGAGCAGCCCCUCACCGCCUGCUGCCCCUCGGUACAAAUCCCAACCCUACCCCCUGAAGAAACAGAACGGCAAGAUCAAGUACGAGUGCAACGUCUGCCUCAAGACUUUCGGGCAGCUGUCCAACCUCAAGGUGCAUCUGAGAGUUCACAGUGGAGAGAGGCCCUUCCAGUGUCACCUCUGUCAGAAGAGCUUCACCCAGCUAGCCCACCUGCAGAAGCACCACCUGGUCCACACAGGAGAGAAACCACACGAGUGCACGGUGUGUGACAAGCGCUUCAGCAGCACCAGCAACCUCAAGACCCACCUGCGACUCCACUCAGGUGAGAAGCCCUACGAGUGCAAGCUGUGUAGCACCAAGUUCACCCAGUACAUUCACCUCAAGCAGCACCGACGUCUGCAUAGCACCUACGACCGCCCCUACCACUGCCCGCUCUGCGCCCACGCCUUCCUCCACCGCUUCUCGCUGCGCAUCCACCAGCGCAGCUGCUGCCCCGCUUCCCAGGCCCACGCUAACCCCCAUGCCCACGCCCACAUCUGCGAUCUGGUUGAGCGCUUUGACACCAGCCCCGAGGCGGACACGCUGCCUGAAGGGGCAGGGCCGGCCCAGGUGGAAGCUGCAGUGGAGCGCUGGGUGGCCCGGAGCUUGGAAGGGCGAGACGGCAAGGAGGACCAGAGUGAAGCCACCCUGCUGCUCAAGGCCCUCACGGCGGCCAUUAACACCCCAGCUCCUCCCACCACCUCAUCUCAAAGCCCUACUUCAGCCCAUCAGGAGAGGGCUAGCGUGGUACGCCUCUACAACCGGCCAAUGGUGAAGAUGCAAGGGCAGUAGGGCAAAGUGGAGGGACCCUUGUGGGGAGGGAAUAAGAGAGACAUUUUUAGGGUCUACCUCCUGAAAGAAGGCUAUUUAAUGUUGCAAAGCCAGAGAACAAUCGAUAAAGUUGUCGCCAAAAAAAAUGUAUUUCCCCAAGGGGAAGAGAGACUAUUAAAAGCCAAUGAGAAAGCCGCACCAAAACAAAGACCAUUCCAAAGACAUGGUGUUUUCUUAUUAGCAGUGAAGUGCUCGCAACUGUUUUCACUCAGGUUUACAGGUGUAAUUUACAUGGGAUGUGUGAAAGAGUUUGCUGUACCCUGUGCUUGUCAGCUAUAUUUGUUCAGUUGAGUGAUUCUUUGAAUUGUUUGCGUAAUGUUACAUGUCAUGAUACUUCCAAGGAGGCUUAUUCCUUGGAAAACCACUGGACCAUUGCCAGGAACUACUACUGGGAUAUUUCAUGUUUUAUUAGUGGACAAGUCUUUGUGUGUAUUUAUUUAUUUUUGCUCAAAGGGCGGACCAGGGAUCUUGAAACUAUGUGAAUGUAUUUGCCAAAAAACAACAAGAAUCAAAGACAAUAUGAGGAUAAACGGGUCUAACUUAUGUAGCAUAACUAUUUUUUUAACUUAAAUAGUGUAUUCUAAUGUAAUGUAGCAAAAUGGAGAAAAAAAGCAAACUUAAAGUAGUCAGAUUGUUAUAAUGUUCCGGUUCGACGCAAAUAGCUUCUCAGGACUUCCUGUGAGUCAUCUAGCGAUGUAUUGGAGGUGCAUACUUGUGCACAGAAACUUGCAAAAAAAAAGAAAAAACGUUUGUUUUAUCCAUUUUUGCUUCUUUGUAUUUUUGUCUGUUAAAACAGGUUAAGACAAUGCAUUUAUAUUUGUAAGACAUUUUCAACAGUUCUGUUCUGUUUUUUUCCCCAUUGUGUUCCUGAAUAUAUACUGAUAUAGCA